AUGAGGAGACAGACGCAACGGAUGAUGAGUUUCGAGGACGAGGACAAGGAAGACGUUGAUAAUAAUAACAGCAGUGAAAUGACAGACACGGCGAUGAUGCCACCUUUAAAGAGAUUGCUUAUUGCGGGCAGCGGCGAGGAUUUGCCACAGGGAUCAUCGGGUAAGAAGAAGAUGACGAUGGCGACGAGGUUGCCAUCGUCAUCACCCGAUUUAGCAACAAACGAUAGCGGCACUAGGGUACAGCCAUUGCCAGAAUAUAACUUCACCAAGUUUUGCUAUCGACAUAACCCGGAUAUUCAGUUCUCACCAACUCAUACAGCAUGCUACAAACAGGAUUUGAAGCGAACGCAAGAGAUCAAUGCCAACAUUGCAAAACUGCCACUGCAGGAGCAAUCAGACAUCCACCACAUAAUCUCGAAGUACAGCAAUUCCAACGACAAAAUACGGAAGCUGAUCCUGGAUGGGAUCCUAUCGACGAGUUGCUUCCCGCAGCUUUCAUAUAUUUCGUCACAUGUUACGCACAUGAUCAAGAUCGAUUUUAUCAGUAUUCUGCCGCAGGAGCUGUCGCUGAAGAUUUUGAGCUAUCUGGAUUGUCAGUCCCUUUGCAACGCCACGAGGGUAUGCCGCAAAUGGCAGAAACUCGCCGAUGACGACAGGGUAUGGUACCACAUGUGCGAGCAGCACAUAGAUAGGAAAUGCCCCAACUGUGGCUGGGGGCUACCUCUUUUGCACAUGAAACGUGCCCGGAUACAACAGAGCAAUGCCGGAUCUAACAGCAAUACAGAAAUUCAGACGCAAACUACGCGACCUUGGAAGGUCAUCUACAGGGAACGAUUCAAAGUGGAGUCAAAUUGGAGGAAGGGCCACUGCAGGAUUCAGGAAUUCAAGGGCCACAUGGAUGGCGUGUUGACGCUCCAGUUCAACUACAGGCUUUUAUUUACGGGGUCGUACGACUCCACCAUAGGAAUAUGGGACCUGUUCACGGGGAAGCUAAUACGAAGGCUCAGCGGCCAUUCAGACGGCGUCAAGACAUUGUAUUUCGACGACAGGAAGCUGAUUACCGGCUCGCUCGAUAAGACGAUCCGUGUUUGGAACUACAUAACGGGUGAAUGUAUCUCCACGUAUCGAGGCCAUUCGGAUAGCGUUCUGAGCGUGGACUCAUAUCAGAAGGUUAUCGUUUCCGGCAGCGCUGACAAAACGGUCAAAGUUUGGCACGUGGAGUCAAGGACAUGUUACACUUUAAGAGGCCACACAGAAUGGGUCAAUUGCGUCAAAUUGCAUCCAAAGAGCUUUUCAUGUUUUAGUUGUAGUGACGACACCACAAUACGAAUGUGGGAUAUCAGAACCAAUUCGUGCCUGAAAGUGUUCAGGGGUCAUGUCGGGCAAGUACAAAAGAUCAUACCGCUCACCAUAAAGGAUGUAGAGAAUUUAGCCACCGACAACACUUCUGAUGGCAGCUCUUUGCAGGAUGACUCGAUAAUGGCCGAUGGUGUAGGUGAAUCAGACACACCAUCCGAUGAGCAAGAGACCGUUCUGGAUGAAAACAUACCUUAUCCCACCCAUCUGCUCUCUUGCGGACUGGACAACACAAUCAAACUAUGGGACGUCAAAACCGGCAAAUGCAUAAGAACACAGUUUGGACACGUGGAAGGUGUUUGGGACAUCGCCGCUGACAACUUCAGAAUCAUAAGUGGGUCCCACGACGGAAGCAUCAAGGUCUGGGACUUGCAAAGCGGGAGAUGUAUGCACACCUUCAACGGACGAAGACUACAAAGGGAAACUCAGCCCACCCAAACACAAUCCUUGGGCGACAAAGUUGCCCCCAUCGCUUGCGUUUGUAUUGGCGAUUCGGAAUGCUUCAGCGGUGAUGAGUUCGGAUGCGUAAAAAUGUAUAAAUUCGAUCUCAGUGAUUAG